CGCCUCCUCUAGGUGGCAAGCUCUCGGACAUCGGAGCCAGCUGCAGUUCGAGCUCGCCGUCACCGCCACUUCUCCCUAUCCCCACCACGCACACCAUGGUCGGCAUGCUCACCACCGGGCUUAGGACCGCUUCGCUCCGGUCGUCUGCGAUCAGGCCGCUCGCAAUUGCGCGGCUGCACACGACGCCGCCGGCGCAGGAGCGGCCCGUGCCCAUCACGACGAUCGCAAACCGCGGCAGCAACCAGGAGUCGCUUGAGACACCGCGCAACGGGGCAGAGUACGUUCUCUCGACGCUUGACAAGGUCGUCAACUGGGCGCGGCAAGGCUCGUUCUGGCCCAUGACCUUCGGUCUGGCAUGCUGCGCCGUCGAGAUGAUGCACGUCGCCGCCGCGCGUUACGACCAGGACCGUCUCGGUGUCGUGUUCCGUGCAUCGCCCCGUCAGUCCGAUAUUAUGAUCGUCGCAGGCACCCUCACGAACAAGAUGGCGCCCGCGCUCCGCAAGGUCUACGACCAGAUGCCUGAGCCCCGCUGGGUUAUCUCCAUGGGCUCUUGCGCCAACGGCGGAGGAUACUACCACUACUCGUACUCAGUCGUGCGUGGGUGCGACCGUAUCGUUCCCGUCGACAUCUACGUGCCCGGAUGCCCUCCAACGGCCGAGGCGCUCCUGUACGGCUUCCUCCAGCUCCAGCGCAAGAUGCGCCGCUCGCGCACCGCUGUCCGCUGGUACCGCAGCUAGUUAGAAUGCAUGAGGAUGGCAGUUUUGCGGGGGCCAGAAGAAGUGCCUGAUAACGAGCCGGCGCACGACGCGCCACAUGAAUAUUAUGAAAGAUAAACAUCCC